GCCAGCCGAGCCAGCCGGCCUCCCGAGCCCUAUCUUUCUAUCUUUUUCCCCUCUCCCGGUCUCCUCCCACAGUCCCACUCCUAUCCUUUCCUCCCCUCUCCACCCCCGCGCCGCCGCCGCCGCCGCCGCCGCCGCAGCGUCCCCCCCGCCCCCCGAACCAAGAUGAAUGUUGAAAAGCUCAAAAAGAUGGCAGGUGCCGUGCGCACCGGGGGGAAGGGUAGCAUGCGCAGGAAGAAGAAGGCAGUCCACAAGACUACAACCACCGAUGACAAAAGGCUUCAGAGCACCCUGAAAAGAAUAGGAGUGAACACCAUCCCUGGUAUUGAAGAGGUCAACAUUUUUAAGGAUGAUGUUGUUAUUCAGUUUGUGAAUCCUAAAGUGCAAGCUUCAAUUGGUGCUAAUACAUGGGUGGUCAGUGGAACUCCACAGACAAAGAAACUUCAAGAUCUGCUGCCAUCAAUUAUCAAUCAACUUGGUCCUGACAACCUGGACAACCUUCGGAGGCUUGCGGAGCAAUUCCAGAAGCAGGCCCCUGGUGCUUCUGGUGCUGAGGCUAGUGCGAGCACAGGUGCUGCUCAGGAUGAUGAUGACGAUGUGCCCGAGCUUGUCCCUGGAGAGACAUUUGAAGAGGCUGCGGAUGAGAAAAAGGAGUCGUCAUGAUUUUGCUGCAUGUCUGCUGUUGUGGAGGGUUAUAAGUUCAGCGUUGCCAUUACAGACCUCCUUUUAAGAAGUUUACCUACCUUAUUUGUGCCCAUGGUCCGGUUUUGUCAUGGACGAGAAUUUGGUCCGGUAUGUUGGUGGAAUUUUACAUGAGGUUUGCCUCUUUUUGUUA